CACCACCUCCCCAAAUGUUACAUACCAUGAUGGUCAGAUUAGGGAUUGCUGUGAUUAUUCUCAGUGCAGUGUAUGUAGACCAUAUUAACCUGCUAAGUCCAGUGACCACUGUUCAACUUGGUGAUCCUGUAACCCUGCUAUGUGUUUUCCCAGAAGAAGAAUUCAGCGAUGAGCAAAUGCACUGGUACAAGCAUACUGUGGGAGGAAUUCCACAACUUGUCUCAUCGAUGCAUAAAUAUUUAACAGAGCCUGUGUUUCACUCUGGAUUUAACAAUUCACACUUCAGCGUAACUUUGGCUCAAAGGAUGUUUCGCCUUACUAUCAUGAAGUCGAUCCCAGAAGAUGAAGCCAUGUACUAUUGUGCAAUUGGAAGAGUGAUGACUUUGAAGUUUCGAGAUGGCACAUUUCUGUCUUUAAAAGGAAACGGUCAGAGGUCUGACAACCAGAUAGUGGAACAGCAGCCAGUGUCUGACCCAGUCCAUCCAGGAGAAUCUGUGACUCUGCAGUGUACUGUACUCUCUGAGACCUGUACAGGAGAACACAAUGUGUACUGGUUCAGAGCCGGAUCAGGAGAAUCCCAUCCAGGAGUCAUUUACACCCCUGAAAACAGGAGUGAUGAGUGUGAGAAGAGCCCUGAGACUCCCUCUCCUACACAGAGCUGUGUCUACAGCCUCUCCAAGAACAACCUCAGCCCUUCUGAUGCUGGGAUUUACUACUGUGCUGUGGUCACAUGCGGGGAGAUCCUGUUUGGAGACGGAACCAAACUUAACACCAUUAAAGGAAACACAGUGGAUCCCAUUGUCCUCAGCUUGGGAGCAGCAGUGGCUGUGUGUGUGAUUGUCAUUUUUAUUCUCGCUUGUACCAAAAACAAGAGACAAACAUGUGAUCAUUGUAAAGCAAGUGUCUCUCAGCAUAUUCACCAUGAUGAUAACCUCUCAUCAGAGCAGUCAAGUGGUCAGGUGCCAAACACAGAUAUUUUGAAUUAUGCUGCAUUGCAUUUAUCUGAGAAGAAAACUAAAAGAGGAAGAAAGAAGAGAGACACACCACAGGAGAGUGUGUACUCUGAUGUCAGGUACUCAGACUGGGACUGAACUUUGUUUCAGAUACAGCAUUGACAAAAUUAUCUCAGUCAAGUGUCUCUAUUUAGACACAAUUUAAGCAUUUUGGUAAAACAAUCGCAGGACAUUGCUUUCGGAUGAACUUUCACAAUAGUACAAUACAAUAUCCUGAUGCAAUACUAUAGACAAUGGAAUUACAUCCAUGUUUCUGCUCAAAAUAUCUUCUGGAGUGGUCCACUUAUUCUGAGCUAGCUGGGUUUUCAUCUUUAAAUGUCUAUGUACACUAUUGGUAAAAAGUUUUAGAACACUUACUCAUUCAAGGGUUUGACUUUAUUUGUAAAAAUAACAUUUUACAUUGUAGAAUAAUCGUGAAGACAUCAAAACUAUGAUAUAAAGCAUAUGGAAUCAUGUAGUAAACAAAGAAGUGUUAAACAAAUAAAAAUAUAUUUGAGAUUUGAGAUUCUUCAAAUAGCCACCCUUUGCUUUGAUGAAACUUUUGCACAUAUGUUCAUAACAUUGUGUAGAAUGGAACAAUAUCAUAUUGGGUUGAUAUGUGCAGAAUAGUUUUUGUUCCAUACAUUAUCACAUAUCUAAUUAUAGCAAAAAAUGAAUGUUGUAGGAUUAUCAUUGUCAUUUAAUAUCACUGAAUAUUUCUAGUAUAGUGUCUUUGGUUUGUUAUUCAUUUCACAAGAGGUCAAAUUCUUACUGUCUGUCAUAGUUAAAUUAUGGACAUAACCAUUUCAUUCAUGAUUAUUCAAGCUUUUCAAGUCAUAAGAAGCAUUUUUGUACCAUCAUGUACAUUCAUAUUUUUGUAUAAUAUCUCUUUAACGUAAUAAUUGAACUUUAUGAAGUCACUUUACAUAUGAUAUUAUGCUAAGGUCUUACUGUGGAGAGGCAACUAGAAUGAGUGGGCUACUCCUCAUAGAGGUAGGUCUAGUAAACCAUGUAAAGGGCAUUAUGGUCAAAUAGAGAUAUGUAUCGGUCGAAUAGAGCAUGGUAUCAAUUAGUAGGCUUAAAGCAUUCAACAGACAGACUGGGAAACAUUAUAUAACUGUUGGCCCAGAUACACAUCACUGGUCUUUUGAUUGCGCUAACUGCUUAUUAGUUGAAAAUGGAAUAGGACAUGUUUAACUUUUUCCACAGAGAUCCUGUUUGGCAAAGGAAAAAAAAAUGGAUAUUGGUAGUUUCUGAAUAUUAUAUUGUGAGUUGUUAUAUUCAAAUAAUUAUGUCUCAUGUAGGAGAGUGCUUAUAGGAUACAGAAACACAUUGUGUUAAAGGGGACAGUCUGGAAUUCAAUUCAAGUUAAAGAUAUAUUGAAAUGAUUAAAUAACAUUUUGUAGCUUAUAGAAGUCACAUGAGCUUGUUUUACUCCAUUGUUUGUAAAUAGUGUUAUUGUAAACACACACUGUUUAGACUCAAAAUAUGGUGUUGUGACUUUACUUUCAUUAUUCUUAUGACUGUAUUUAUUUAAUCCACUAACUAUGUUUAAUUGUUACCCAAUAAAAUAAACAAUGUAA